CGCCGCACUGCCCAGCCAUGCUCAGGACCCUCGGGCUGGCCCUGCUGUCUCUGCUCAGCUCCGUGGGCUCCAGCCAGGCCAGUGGCUUCACAGACAAAGGCCUGUCCUUGCUGAGCUACCAGCUGUGCACCUACAGCGUGACCCAAAAUGUCCAGAAGGUGGAGGUGGUCCGCAUGUCCCACGUGACCUACGCCCCCUGCGGCGGGUGGAUCCCGUGGAGGCGGUGCCCCAAGACCGUUUACAGGACCCGGUACCUGGCCGUGGACGUCCCCGAGUCCAGGAACGUGACCGACUGCUGCGAGGGCUACGAGCAGCUGGGCCUCUACUGCGUCCUGCCCCUGAAUCGGUCCAGGGAAUUUACAUCAAGACCCGGCGUCUGCCCGAAGGCGGGGCAGGAAGCAUCCACCUCGCCCUGCACCCUGGAUUCUGACUGCCCUGGACUUCAGAAGUGCUGCCCCUUGUCGUGGGGGCACCAUUGCGUGGCUCCCGCACCCCAAGCUCCAGAGAGCAGCUUGGCCAGGUCCUGGUACAACGUGACAGUCCUGGUGAAAAUGGACUUCCAGGAGCUCCAGCGGGUGGACACCAGGCUCCUGGGCCACAUGCGGCUUCUGCACUCGAUGGUCACCAGUGCCCUGCAGCCGACGGACGCCGCUGUCCACCACCUGCACUCGGCCUGUGGGGACACCUCGACCACAGUGUCCAGGCUGCUACUGGGUCUGCCACAGCCGGUGCCCGUGGCCAGGGUCUCCGCAGUGCUGGACAGCAUUGUGAAGCGUGUCUACGAAGUGAUCAACAUCCAGGUGCAAGAUGUGAAUGAAUGCUUCUACAAGGAACUCAACGCCUGCUCCGAAAGGGAACUGUGUCUGAACGUGGAGGGCUCGUACCAGUGUGUCCGCCACCCGGAGGGGCUGACCUCGUCUCCCCAGAGGCUGAACCGCACGUGUGAAGACGACCCUCCCAUCACAGACUACAUGAUCCUCAGCGUCACCAGCAACAGCUUUCAAGUGUCCUGGAGUUUAAACUCCACCCAGAACCGCACCUUCCUUGUGCAAGUUUACAGGGGUGAGGAGCUGCUCAGGAGUGCCAGGACCCAGGGGACAACCCUGGAGGUGACUGGGCUGGAGGCCGGAGUGCUGUACUGGGUGAAGACCGGCUAUGAGGCAUGUGGGGCCGAUGUCACCGCGAUGCUGCCUGUCAGGACCGAGGCCCGUGUGUUUGGAGUCACAGUGAGGAUCCUGGACCGCACCAUGACCGAGGCGCUGCAGAACCGCAGCAGCCCUGAGUACCGGGACUUCUCCCGACAGCUGCUGCACGAGGUCGAGAGCGCCUUCCCGCCAGCGGUGUCUGACUUGUACAAAAGAGGGAAACUGAGGCUGCAGAUCGUGUCUCUCCAGGCCGGAAGCCUGGUCGUGAAGCUCAGAGUGACGGUGCAAGACCCCGAGUUCCCAGUGGGUGUCUCCACGCUGGCCCCCAUGCUCCCGAGGCUGUGUGCAAGCAGAGUGUUCCAGAUUGACCAGAGGGGGACAUUAGUGCAAGACUGGGACGAGUGUGCGGACAGCCUGGAGCAUGACUGCUCGCCGGCCGCCCAGUGCGUCAACCUCGAGGGCUCCUACACCUGCCGCUGCCUGACGGCCCAGGACGCCCGCCCCGCCCGCGCCGGCCGGGCCUGUGCAGGUGACCUGGUGAGCCCCACAGUAGGUGCGCUGUCCCUGGCGACAGGGCUAACAGCCCCAGCUCUCAGCACAGAAAUAGCUCUUGGCCUGGAGACCCCUGCCUUGUCACCCAGCCCCGGGCAUCUUUGGGGCACCCCUGCAGCAGGCCAGGCCCAGACCCCAGGGCCCCCGCCCAGGAGAGGGGACAGUGGCGUGGUCGGACAGGACAAGAAUGGCACAGAACAAGGUGUGGAGGAGGUGCUGCUGAGCAACUCCACUACAGAGCCACACGCCUGGCCCACCCCUGCUGAGGGCCCCGUGGGCCAUGGGUGGCAUGCCAGCCUUCCCACGUGGGGCACAUCGCCAGCACCUCUGGACCCCACAUGGCCGAAGGACACAGACCCUGGACACUCCAGCUCCCCAGACCUGCCCUUGGCCUCCACCCUCUCGUCUCUGAAGACCCCAGCCUGUGUUCCCGCCCCCAUCAGAAGGGUCACGAUUUCCAACGUGACCAGCACCGGCUUUCAUGUGGCAUGGGUGGCAGAUCUCGCCCUGCACCCCACUUUCCAGCUCACCCUGACGUCCAUGCGGAGCCCUGCCGUGCACCUGGAGACCUGGAACACAAGCCUGCAGCUGUGGGGCCUGGAGCCCGGUGUCUUGCACCUGGUUGAGAUAGUGGCCAAAGCAUGUGGGAAAGAAAGUGCCAGGGCACACCUGAAAGUGAGGACAGCUGCCCAGAAGCUCAGCGGUAAAGUCCGAGUAGCAAACGUCCAGUAUUCCGAAUCUUUCCGCAACGCCAGCAGCAGGGAGUCCCAGGAUUUCCUGGAGCUGUUCUUCCGGAUGGUGAGGGAGUCCUUGUCACCCCCCAUGCGUCAGCACCUGGACACCGGUGGGGUGCGGGUGGAAGUGACCAGCAUCACCAACGGCAGUGUCGUGGUGGAGUUUAACCUGUUGAUUGUCGCGGACUUGGCCGUCCAGGAGGUGUCUGCCGCGUUCCGCUCCGCCUUCCAGAACACCUCUCAGCUGGAGGUGGCCGCAGGGGACGUCUUCAUAUGGGAUUACGACGAGUGCGAGAGGAGGGAGGACGACUGUGAACCGGGCACAUCCUGUCGCAACACCCUUGGGUCUUUCACGUGCAGCUGUGUGGGCAGAGCCCCCGACUUCCCUGUAGAAUAUUCGGGAAGACCCUGUGAAGGCGACUCUUCUGGCAACACAACCCAGGCCCCCGGGUCUUCUCUGGACCCUGGCCUGGAGCAGUCCCCCACCCCAGCAGAAACUUGGGCUGCCUCCGUGCACGGUCCCAGCCCGGCCCUCCAGGGCCCGGCCCAGCGGCUGAACCUGACCGGAGCGGUCAGGGUGCUCUGCGAGAUCGAGAAGGUGGCCAUCGCCAUCGACAGGCGCUUCCUGCAGCAGGAGUCCGUCCCCGAGUCCUCCCUGUACCUGGGACACCCGUCCUGCAACGUGAGUGACAGCAAUGGCACACACGUGUUCCUGGUGGCCGGAUGGAAUGAGUGCGGCACCCUUGUGCAAAGCAACAUGACGAAUACCGUGGUGACGACCACGCUGAGGAAUGACCUGUCGCCAGAAGGCAUCAUCCACCACCUGAAGAUCCUGAGCCCCAUCCACUGCGCCUUCCAGAACGACCUCCUGACGUCCUCGGGCUACACCCCGGAGUGGGGGGUCUACACCAUCAUUGAAGACCUCCACGGCGCUGGGAGUUUUAUCACAGAGAUGCAGUUAUUUAUUGGAGACUCUCCUAUACCUGAGAAUUAUAGCGUGUCUGCCAGUGACGACAUCAAGAUCGAAGUGGGGCUCUAUAAACAGAAAAGCAACCUCAAGGUGGUCCUGACCAAGUGCUGGGCAACACCAUCCAGCAACGCCAAGGACCCAGUCAUGUUCAGCUUCAUCAACAACAGCUGCCCCAUCCCCAACACACAUACCAACGUGAUCGAGAACGGGGACUCCAACAAGGCCCAGUUUAAGCUGAAGAUCUUCUCCUUCAUCAACAACUCCAUAGUCUAUCUGCACUGCAAACUCCGCAUCUGCAUGGAGACCCCCGGGACCACGUGCAAAAUCAAUUGCAAUGACUUUCGGUCGCUGAGAAGCAGUGAACCAUCCGAAACGCACCAGAUGUCCUGGGGGCCACUCAUUCGGGCUGACGGAGAGUCUCCGGAUGUGAAGCCAGGCCUGGGCCCCGGCCACCUCGCCCUCAUCGUGGGCGCCGUGGUGGCCGCGGUGGCCGGGGCAGCUGCCCUGCUCAUUGUGCGCUACCAGAGAAUGACGGGGAAGCACAGCUUCACAGCCCAGCCGGACGGCUUCAGCUACCAGAUGUUCCGGGACUAG